AUGGGACCUGAGGCGAGCCAUCACCUGGUCCAUAUUGUGGCUGAUGACAAGUUUGAGAAGAAGCUGAGGUUCGCAACCAAGUGGGCAGCUGGCGAGUUUGUCAAACAAGCCUUGAUCUCUGAGGAGCAGAAAUUGGUAUCACUGCUGAAACUCUGUGACGGUGGACUCAAGGACCUACUGUAUGAGACAAUUAUGCAUGCUAAACUGGCGAUGGGUGGCAAGUUCAAUGUGGUGCCAUUGCACCCAAAGACUUUGGAGAGGGGCAAUGAGGAGAAGCUGGUCAUCCAGGCCUGCAAAAAGGUUCGCUGCUUCAAAGACGACAUCAGUGGCAUGAACAGGGCUAGGAGUGUUUACUUGAAGUCUAUUUCCUCCACGUUCCCUGUCAUUGACGCUGUUAGGGUGCCGGAGCUAUACCUCUUUCAGAUGUCUAUAUCAGCUACCAAGGAGAUCAAUGCUGAUGAUCUUGAGAACAUGUUUGAGCGACUUGGCAUCCCUGCUUCAGGCCAGGAGGGCCCCAAUCCCAGCCUCUACUUUGUGGUGCAUCCUGACUUCUACAACACCUUCAAGGUGCAGGCAGCAAUGAAGAAGUGGAAGUCCGGCCAAAGUGACAAGGUGGGAAAGGCUGCCUGGCCGCCCAAUCCCAAGCAAGUUCGAGUGGCCAUUGGUGCCAUCAAUAUGGGACCUGAGGCGAGCCAUCGCCUGGUCCAUAUUGUGGCUGACAACGAGCUCCAGAAGCAGCACCUCAAGUUCGCGAGCAAAUGGGUGGCUGGCGAGUUUGUCAAACGAGCAUUGAUCUCUGAGGAGCAGAAAUUGGUAUCGGUGCUGCAAAGCUGUGACGGUGGACUCAAGGGUCUGCUGUAUGAGGCAGUCAUGCAUGCUAAACUGGCGAGGGGUGGCACAUUUGAUGUGGUGAAGUUGCACUCAAAAGACUUUGAAGAGGGGCAAGGAGGAGGAGCUGGUUAUUGA